AUUAAUUAUUUAAUUUAUUAUAACGGACCAACCUUUACAUUCGCCAACCGACGUCGACGCGUUCCGUCUUUUAAAUUCUCUCCCUCUCUCUCUCUCCGUUACAUUUUCAAAUUCUAAUUUCGACCCGUUAGCCUUUUCUCUCCUUUCUCUGAAUCGUCAUCGAUCAAUUUAGGAAAUCGCCGGCAUUGCCGCCGAUCAAUUAUUGUUCCACUACGUUACGCUGAGUCAACUCGCCGAUCUUUGACUCGGAUCAAAUGGAGAAUCUAAUACAAUUGGUUAACAGAUUACAGAGAGCUUGUACAGCCCUUGGCGAUCACGGUGAAGAGAGUGCAUUGCCUACUCUAUGGGAUGCGCUUCCUUCUAUUGCCGUCGUUGGUGGCCAGAGUUCUGGGAAGUCUUCAGUGCUUGAGAGCAUUGUCGGAAAGGAUUUUUUGCCUCGUGGAUCUGGUAUCGUCACUCGUCGACCCCUUGUCCUACAGCUUCACCGGAUAGAAGAAGGUAGUAGAGAAUAUGCAGAAUUUGGACACCUUCCAAGGAAGAGGUUUACUGAUUUUGCUGCUGUGCGAAAGGAGAUUGCUGAUGAGACUGACCGAGAGACAGGCCGUAGCAAACAGAUAUCCAGUGUACCAAUUUAUCUCAGUAUAUAUUCUCCCAAUGUCGUGAACUUGACACUGAUAGAUCUUCCUGGACUUACAAAAGUAGCAGUUGAGGGUCAAUCUGAUAGCAUUGUUGCGGACAUUGAAAGCAUGGUUCGCGCUUAUAUUGAGAAGCCAAAUUGCAUUAUUCUUGCUGUUUCUCCUGCCAAUCAAGAUCUUGCAACAUCAGAUGCGAUUAAGAUUUCUCGCGAAGUAGAUCCGAAAGGGGAAAGGACCUUUGGUGUUCUGACAAAGAUUGAUCUUAUGGAUAAGGGUACCGAUGCGGUUGAUAUCUUGGAAGGACGAGCAUAUAAACUACAAUUUCCGUGGAUAGGUGUGGUCAACCGGUCUCAAGCGGAUAUUAACAAAAAUGUUGACAUGAUUGCUGCCAGGCGCAGAGAAAAGGAGUAUUUUUCUAGUACCCCUGAAUACAGGCAUCUUGCCAGCAGGAUGGGGUCGGAACAUCUUGGGAGAGUUAUGUCAAAACAUUUGGAGACUGUUAUCAAGUCAAGAAUUCCAGGUCUUCAGUCUCUUAUCAACAAGACCAUUAUUGAACUAGAAAAUGAACUGAGCCGUCUUGGGAAACCCAUUGCAACCGAUGCUGGAGGAAAAUUGUACAUGGUUAUGGAAGUCUGUCGUACUUUUGAUGGGAUCUUCAAAGAACAUCUUGAUGGAGUACGACCAGGUGGAGAUAAAAUUUAUAAUGUCUUUGAUAGUCAGCUCCCAGCUGCAUUGAAAAGAUUGCAAUUUGAUAAGCAGCUUUCAAUGGACAAUGUAAGGAAACUUAUAACUGAAGCUGAUGGAUAUCAACCCCAUCUGAUUGCUCCUGAGCAAGGAUAUCGCCGUCUUAUUGAAUCCUCCUUGAUUUCUAUCAAGGGCCCUGCUGAAGCAGCUGUUGAUGCGGUUCAUGCUAUACUGAAGGAUCUGGUUCACAAGUCAAUUAGUGAGACUACAGAGCUAAAGCAAUAUCCCUCUCUUAGAGUUGAGGUCAAUGGUGCAGCUGUUGAAUCAUUGGAAAGGAUGAGGGAUGAAAGCAAAAAAGCAACUCUACAGCUUGUUGAAAUGGAGUGUAGUUACCUGACAGUGGAUUUCUUCCGGAAACUUCCUCAAGAUAUUGAGAAGGGAGGGAAUCCAACACACUCAAUUUUUGACCGGUACAAUGAAUCCUAUCUUCGAAGAAUUGGAUCGAAUGUCUUGUCUUAUGUCAAUAUGGUUUGUGCUAGUUUGAGGAAUUCCAUUCCUAAGUCUGUUGUUUAUUGUCAAGUACGGGAAGCCAAACGCAGUUUGCUUGAUCAUUUCUUCACAGAGUUGGGAAAGAAGGAGGGGAAACAGCUGGGUACUUUGUUGGAUGAGGAUCCAGCUAUAAUGCAGCGUCGUGUUUCUAUAGCAAAGAGACUAGAGUUGUACAGAUCUGCUCAAGCUGAGAUUGAUUCAGUUGCUUGGGCUAAAUAGACACGAACCGUUAUUUUUCUUCAGUUUUUGUUUAUCACGAUUGGGAUGUAGGGAUAGGUGGCCUAUGAUUCUUUGCUUCGACAUAUAAUUCUUUUUAUAUUAAGUAGGUGAUAUAUAGUUGCAGAAAUGCUAGCAGUUUCUGUGCCUCGUCUUAUUUUGCAGUACUCUUAUUGAAUACAGAUGUAUCGACUCGAUUUUGACAUUUACUAUCUCUUGCUUUUAUGAGCAAGAGAAUAUAUUGGAUGUGCUGUCCUUAUUUUUUUCCA